AUGCUUAGGCAGGCUGAGGACGAACCCCUUCGGGAAUAUGCAGCUCGGUUCAGUCAUGAAUACUCCCGCUGCCCAGACACUGACGAUCGCGCUGCCUUCGGCUCUUUUAAGAGCGGCCUCCGCGAAUCCAACUUCCGCUACCUGGUUCAUAGCAAUAGUUGGAACACAUACACAGAGCUAAUGAAGCAGGCGGCGAUCCAUGCUAAGGCUGAAUACUUCAAUUCCAAGCGUGGCCCAGCCAACCUAGCGCGCAACACUUUCGCCGACCCUCCACCUGCUCCAACACUCGCCCCAGCCCCACCUCGGCAUUCUACCCCUACCCCGAGUGCCCAGGACAACCAACAACAUAAGCGGAAGGAUAGCUACCAGCAUCCCUUCGGCAAUAACAAACGUGGCAGACAUGGCAACCACCACCAUUCUAGCGGAGGCAAUCCUCCUAAGACUAGUGAUCGGGCCCCCCUUCCCUUCACACCCAGGCCCAGCGGCCAUGACACUGAGUCUUGUGUUGCGUUGCGCAACAUAAUUGAAGGGCUCAUCAGGGAAGGGAAGCUGGACAACUACGUGCGCAACAUACCAGCCCCGCCUAACCCUCACCAGCGCCAAAUCAACAUGAUCUCCACCAUCAGCGGAGGCCCUACCCUGGCCGGCACCUCCAACAACUCCAUCAAACAUUAUGUCCGCUCCACCUAUGCGCACCAGGUCUUCAGCACCGAGCAGGGACGCUUGCCGAAGACCCACAGGUCUGGCUGGGCCCCCAUUACCUUCUACGAGGAGGAGGAGCGUGGUGUUAUCCUCCCCCAUGACGAUCCACUCAUUAUCCGGGCUGACAUUUCUAACUUCGACGUUGGGCGUAUACUGGUGGACACUGGCAGCUCAGUCAGUGUGAUGUUUGCCGAGGCCUUCAAUGAACUCUAG